CGGGACUUAGAUUUCCACAUUCGUCUUCAGUCUCGUUAUCGUCUGCUACUUUCGAUCGAUACCAAAUGGUUGUCAACAUAUGCACAUGCUUAUGUCUAAUGAGUGCAAGAUUCGUUAUCCAUCUUUAAAUCUUGGACCACACGAUGAAACGAUAGUCUCCAUUUACGACAUCUUUACUGGAUCUCUCUUGGUCAUCUGAGCCGUGAAGGAUGAAGCGACAGAAUGUCCGCACCUUGUCGCUGAUCGUCUGUACCUUCACUUAUCUCCUGAUCGGAGCCGCAGUGUUUGAUGCUCUCGAGUCUGAAAAUGAGAUAGAAAUGAAGAGGAGUCUACUCAGCUACGAGGAGAAAAUCAUUGCUCAGUACAACAUCUCGGAUGAGGACUUCGAGAGAAUCCGAGAAAACGCACUGCGGUCCAGACAAUACAGGGUAGAAAACCAGUGGAAGUUUGUUGGCGCGCUCUACUUUUCCUUGGUAGUCUGCUCAGUAAUUGGUUAUGGCCAUAGUACCCCAAAAACUGUUCCAGGGAAGUUAUUUUGUAUGAUAUACGCGUUGGUUGGGAUACCUUUAUUCCUUAUCAUGUUUCAAAGUGUUGGCGAGCGUUUAAAUACUUUUGUGACAUUUUUACUCAAACAUAUCAAGAAGUGUUUCAGAUGGAAAAACACCGAGGUAUCACAGACUGAUUUGAUAGUUAUAACUUUAAUAUUAUCGACGAUAAUAUUGACCACAGGUGCUCUAUUAUUCUCCAAAUUCGAAGGAUGGAAGCUUCUGGACGCUUUAUAUUAUUGUUUUAUAACCUUAACAACUAUUGGAUUCGGAGAUUUUGUUGCCAUGCAGCGCGAUCAUAACAACCCUGAGUAUAUAGUUCUCAGCUUGCUGUUCAUCAUUAUUGGUUUAACUGUUAUAUCUGCAGCCAUGAAUCUUCUUGUAUUACGAUUCUUAACCAUGAACACCGAGGAUGAACGAAGAGACGAAAUCGAGGCUGCCGUGGCUGCCCAGAAUGCAGUUCGCCUCGAAGGUGACGUCAUAACUGGAAAUGGCGGUGUUGUGUCGAAUGCUCAAGAGCGUCCAGAAUUUCAAGAAGUAUUGUCAGUUUGUUCGUGUUCUUGCUAUAAAUGGCGUUCCCCUAAAGACAAAAUUUACAACUCCAAUCCUAAUUCUAAUCACAUUUCACCGUUUAUACACUCAACUGUCAACAUGUCUAAUAAGGACGACGAACUGUCGGAUGAGAUGGAAUCGUUUCUGGAAUGGCAAAGAAAUAAAAGAGCGUCGUUGUAGAAUCGUUAUGUAAUGAAAAGAAUGUUUUUGCGUAAAUGUAUCAGACACAUUUGAUAUACAGUGAUUCUUGGUGAUUUAUUCACACAUGUAAAAUGUUUAUGCUUUACAUAACACAUGUACAAUGUACACGUCAGAUGUAUUUCAUAACAUACACCAGUCUAUUUUAUGUAGUACGUAAAUUGACAUUUUCUGCAGAUAGACGACACUGUUGUUCUUUUUUACUUAAAAUAAAAUAACUUUUCUUAGAGGUGCAAAAGGCAUUAAAAAAUGUUUUUCAAGGAGUCGACAAUGUUUUGUCGGGACAAUGAGAACACGUACAUACUUAUAUUAUAUUAUAAUUUUGUAUGAAAUUGAGAAUAAAUAUUAGAAUAAAAGUUAAUUCAUUUAA